UUCAUCGCGGGAUUCUAUGUUGUACUCUGGAUCCUUGUCCGGAUCACAGUCGGUUUCUACGCUUUCGUCUCCUCGUUCUUCUGCUGGGUGGACAGUCUUGGCCAAUGAUAGGAGCGACCCCUCUAUGGAGGAGGCUUCCGAUGAAAAUUGCUCGAUUUGUCUACAGGUGUACGAGCUGUCGGAUCAGCUUCGCCCAUUGCCUUGUCGACACGCCUUUCAUGUGGAGUGCAUUGACACAUGGCUGAAGAGUAAUGCACAAUGUCCGAUCUGUCGUCAGGAAGUGACGGCGACUUUGGUUGAUACUAUGCUGUAGGACAAUUAUGAAAAAACUGUUGGUCUACGUACAUUUAGACAGACGGACAGAAGACUUGGGAAUCGACUUGGAAAUCAACUUGGGGAAUCGACUUUGGGGGAGGGGUUUCAGGGGUGACACUUUUGACUGGAGAAAUUCUCCUUUUCCUUUUUGCAUGUGUGGAUGCAUGCGCGGCGAAAUAAAAAUAAAGACGU